AUGUCCGCAAAUAUUGACUACCUCAGUCCGGAGCUUGUCACAAUCGUUGCUGAGCACCUUGGAUGCGAAGAUCUUUGUAAUUUUCGCCUUAGUGCUCGAUAUCUUAGAGACUGUUCUCUCACGCUCUUCUCUAAUCGCUUCUUCCGUGCACGAGUCCAUCUAUUAAGUCGAUUUAGCCUUAUGGCAUUGCUGGAUAUAUCACGCCAUCCCUUGUUCGGACUCUCAUUACAGACCGUGGUCAUUUCAGCCGACCACUUAAUCCCAGACCGACUACGUGAUGACCCCCGCUCUCUACCAUGCUGGAAUUGGGGCGACAACUCUUCAAGUACUAUCGACAAAAGGGGCUAUCAAAAGCACCUCGACGAGCAAAAUUACUUUCGUUUCACAGGUCUAGACACCACAUAUUUGACUCAAAUACUCAGAAAUGCAAGAAAUUGUCGAGAUAUCUGUCUUGAUGAUCAAGAUCGACCUUGGGGGGCUGCCGCUAUCAAAAGAGACACUGGACUUUAUCCAUCCUCGAACUCAGAAAGUGAUUAUAGCAAAAUUUACUUUAAAAGAGCUGUUCAUGUUGUUAUUGCUGCUAUGACUGCGAGUGAGGUUCCGAUUACGACCUUGGCAAUAAACAACGGGAUCGAACGGGUACACGUGCACCCAAAUAUGCUCGCUUUCCCGGUAUCUCACCUAGACCGCGUACCAUGGGUCAACACAAUCAUCACGUUAGGACUCACUUUGGUUCCUAGCGACGGUGUUGCACCGCGGGCUUGGUCAGAGCCUCUCGCAGACUUCAUUAUGCGUUUUCAGCAACUAGAAUGUCUUGACUUAUACUUUGAUACUCGACUGGAGCAAGCUGCGUUCAGUACCCUCAGUCAAAACUUAGAGCUACCACAUCUUCGGACCUUGAAGCUUACUGGUGUGGAUUGUUUACCAGAGGAUUUAUCAAGGGUUUUCAUCAAACACCGAAGUACCCUUCGAGAAAUAUUUUUAGAAAUCAUUGGUAUCAGUACAAGCACAGGAGGCUCAUGGCAAACACUGCUAAGUGAAGUCCGCAAUCGACUCCAACUUUCAAGAUUGAAAAUGACUCAAUGCGAUGUGAAUGGGGACGAUAUCUGUUUUGCAGAGGAUUCUUUCGAUCGCUCAAACAUAAUCGAUGUGAUUGGUCAAGACCCUCGUUUGCUAGAUCGACUCAUUAAAAGCAUUAUGAAAUGGACUCCAGGGUGUGAGGAAAGGGUUUCUGUUCUUGAGGUCGUUUGA